CAUCAUAUGUCUUCUCUUUGUUUCCUCCUUGGGAGGAAGACAGUCAGGGUUCAGGGUACUUCUAUAAUCGACUCUGGGAGCAUUACACUUGUGUAGAUAAUUGAAGGAUUUUGUUGAACUCAGAUUAAGAAAUCAUGGCGGCACCCGAAGGACCUGUUUGUUAUCAAGGAGUUGUCAGACAAUCUGCAGCUUUUCGACUAAUGAAACAAAUGGUGUGUUGACAAAUGGCAAGUUGCAAUUUUGUACGUGUAGCUGUUUUUGGUGCCUUGCUUGUGCAUCUUCAGUCUUGGGCGUACCAUUUUGGAACAUCCAUUUUAUGCAUUGGUUGGGAAGAAGGUGAAGGCUUAGGAAAAGAUGGUCAGGGAAUCAAAGAGCAUGUUAAGGUUAAGAAGAAACAAGACACUACAGGUAUAGGUUUAGAUAAGGCAGCCAAUAACUGGACAUUCAAUACUACUGAAUUUGACAACAUAUUACAAAAAUUAAAAGUGCAAGUGGCAGGCUCAGAAGCAAAGGAAAAUGAAGAGAAACCAAAGGUGAAACAUAUAGAGACAAGUGAAGUUAGUAUCCCAGUACUAAAGACAGUCCGACCACAGGGAAGAUACAAGAAGAGAGAGAGGGGGAAGCUUGUGAGUGGAUACUCAGAGAAAGAGCUUCAGGAAAUUUUGGUAAGCUUUUGUGGAAGUCAAGCUGCAACUUCUGGAGUUCAGUCCUUUGGUGAAACACCAGAGAUAAAUGUUGUCAAAGAAGAAUCCGACUCUGGAGCACAGUUGGAUGAAAGUACAUUUGAAGAAGGCAGUGCAAAUCUCAACUCUACAUCUUCAGUGGUUUUGUCACAAAUAUCUAGAUAUCAAUCACCAGAAUGGUGGGGCCAUAAGUAUGGAUUUGUUUGGGGUGGUCUCCUUGGAUCAAAGCCUAAAUCCAAGAAAGAUACUAGACCAAAAGGAAGUCAGUCUGUCACAGCAAACGUUGUCCAAGGUUCAGCUUUAAGAACUACAUUUUGUGAACAGGACCAAGAAAACCUUUAUAAUCUUGUCCAGGACAAAGCUACAACAGGUAAACGGGGUCUUGGCAUUGGUGAUCGGCCCAAGAAAAUUGCGGGUGCUCAUUGGAAAGGACAAAAGGUUUCUUUUGAUUCAGAUAAUGACAAAGAGGGAGGUUCUGCUGAUGAUAGUGAUGUAAAACAGACUGUUGCAAAGAACAAUAGUUUAAAGCGUAAAAGGGAUGUUGACCUUGCAGAGAAUAAAGCAGUUCAGAUUCAAAAUGCCAUAUCUGCUAAUGAGGAUGAUGCUAGAAAAGAAACAGAGGUUGUUUCAGGGCCCAAGCUUAAGUUGAAGAGAAUAUGCAAGCAGCUGCUUCGGGAGGCUCCAGGUCAAUCAAUGAAGAUCAAAAACUUGAAGAAGUGUGUUGAGGCCCACUCAAGUUUCUUUUUUUCAGAGUUUUCUUGUAGGCGUGAUGCUGUUUCAUAUUUGACAAGAAAGCUCGAGAAAAACUCAAAAUUUGUUGUUGAUGGGAAAAAUGUGUCUCUUUCGAAGUGCAGUUGAGACAAUGCACUUCCGUUGCUGGUGGCGUAUUUAUCCUCAAUUCUUUACCAUUAUGCACGGACGUUUUUGGGAUUCCCAUUUGUUUCAGUAGAGCUCUCUAUUUUUCAACGUGCUAUCUGUAUAAUGUGGGAAGCAAUUCUUCCCUAGAUUUUGCCAUUUGCUUUAUAGAAUGAAUAAUUUUGUUUUUAAUUAUCUUGAAACUAAUUAAUUUCUGUAGUGCAUUAGCCUCUGUGUUUUGUACUCUUGUACCAACAUUUUAUUUCUAAAUGAAAUUUGAGAAAUAAUUUGUCCUGUUUUUUAGAA